AUGUUGAUUGCAGGUGUUUCAAAGAACGAAAUUGAAGAAAACCCAAUGAAAUUCUCAGAGACUGUGGUCUGGAAGUUGUUUGGGUUUGCCCUAUUGCUGCCGAUUUGUUGGGUAUCUUGUUGUCCAGACGAUGAACGAAAAAUCCUCUUGGAUUUCAAACGGGGUCUUCACGACCCCUCUGGUCGACUGAAAACGUGGAAUGAUUCCACCGACUGUUGCAACUGGGAAGGAAUCAAAUGUGAUAAUAACAGAAAGCACGUCAUUCGGUUGGAUCUCCACAAUCCUUUCGGCAACAAUCCGGCAAUGGCUUUGCAGGAUUCAACCAGUGGUGUUGGUUCCGGUUCCCAGAUUUAUCUCGGUUCACUUUCUGUUGAGAGUAAUAGAAGAGACGUUCUUUCUCCUCUGUUUGAUCUGAAGAUGUUACAAGUCUUGGAUUUGAGCUACAACGCUUUCAUCGGUGUUGCUGUCCCUCAGGAACUCCCCACGCUGAAAUAUUUGCAGUAUUUGAACUUAUCAAAUGCUGGAUUUGUGGGAAAGAUUCCCAGGGAGUUGGGCAACAUGUCCACUUUGCGCUUCCUGGAUCUUUCCACCAAUUACUACAUUUCCUCUUCCUCCAUCACAAUUGAUGACAUGCAGAUGUGGACAGGAAACAUGAGGGUUUUAGAGGAGCUGCUGCUGGACGGGGUGAAUAUGUUGCAAGUGACAAGCGAUGAAUGGGGCAAAGCUAUCUCAGCCAUGUACAGUCUCAGGCGUCUUCAAAUGUCCAACUGUAUGCUUUCUGGCCCAAUUCCCCUUUCCCUUGCAAAUCUUAGCAGUUUAACCCACCUCCAACUUGGUGGCAAUUCCUUCUUCUCGUCCAUACCUGCUCGCUUCCACAACCUUUCCAAGCUGGUUUCUCUCAAGCUUAGCAGCUGUGAGCUCAAUGGUUCCAUCCCUUCUGAUCUGUUGAGCCUUCCAAACCUGCAAGAAGUUGACUUCUCUGCCAAUCUGGAUUUGGGAGGGAAUCUUUCAACCAUUCUGCCGCGACACUCUUCCAGGCUUAAGAGCCUUGUUCUUACAGCAACGAAUGUAGGAGGAGCUAUUCCAGAUUCAAUUGCCAACAUCUCCUCGUUAACUUUCUUCGAUCUAUCCGACUGCUCUGUUCAAGGUAAGCUUCCUCCCACCAUUGCAAAUCUUACAGCACUUGUAAUGUUGGAUAUCUCAAAUAACAAAUUAAAAGGAAGUAUACCAUCGUUUGGGGCUAAGCGUCCUUUAGAAACUCCAUUUCCUUUGGCCUACAUCGAUCUUUCAUUCAACCGGUUGAAUGGUAGCAUCCCCUCCAUGUUGUUCGAUGCAUUUGGGAAGCUCCGGUAUGUUGACUUGAGUCAUAACCUAUUGACCGGUCCCAUUCCAUCCCCUGACGUGAAUCUUACCUCCCUCAAAUUGCUUGAUCUGAGCUACAAUGAACUGAACGGCACAAUUCCUUCCUUGGCCAACAUCAAGCCCCUUGGUCUGCUUGAUCUGAGUAAUAACCUCUUGAGUGACAAAAUCCCGGCUUCCGUUGGUCAACUCCUUUCCCUCGGUACGCUUGAUCUUAGCAACAACCUGUUAACAGGUGCCAUACCUCGCAACAUUUCAAAUCUAUCUAAAUUGAAGGUUCUUUCCCUAUCCUCUAAUCAUUUGAGCGGGAACCUUACAGCGUCCCACCUUCAUAAUCUCUCCGAUCUGGUAUCUCUAGACAUUUCAAACAAUACGUUAACUGUGAAAAUCAGUCCGACUUGGAUUCCCCAAAACUUUUUUAGAACACUGAAACUAAGAUCAUGCAACAUGGAGGGUGAGUUCCCUGCCUUCUUAAUAACUCAAACUGAAAUUUCCAAUUUGGAUUUGUCCGAAAAUAGAUUAUGGGGCAAUAUUCCUGCGUGGAUAUGGGAUUCCCCUGCUCUUUUACAGCUCAACCUGUCUUAUAAUAACUUUUCAGGCGCUUUACCUUCUAAGCUAACGGGGACAAAAAAACUAAAGGUUCUAGACUUGCAUAGCAAUUACUUACAACAUCAGCUUCCGCUUCCUCCUCCUUCAGUGCUUGUGUUAGACUUGUCUGAAAAUCAGUUUUCUGCAUCCAUUCCAGUUGAAAUUGGGGAGUCUAAUCUUUGGUAUCUGUCGCUCUCUCACAACAAUCUCAGCGGUAGGAUCCCACCGACAUUAUGCAAUAUACCGUCCCCGAAUAUGAAGAUUCUGGAUUUUUCGUAUAAUAGUCUCACAGGUAAGAUUCCAGCAUCUCUUGCAAACUGCAGUUCUCUUGUGGUAUUGAAUUUGGAGAAAAAUUGUUUAGUAGGUGAGUUGCCAGCGGAGUUGGGAAGCCUGAUUUCGCUUCAAACACUAAAAAUCAGUGGAAAUAAUCUAAAUGGGACUCUGCCAACACUUGCAAAUUGUAAACAGUUGCAGAUAUUGGAUGUGGGGGACAACAGACUAACAGGGAAUAUUUCUUCAAAUGGGAUUCAAGAGCUUUCUAAUCUUAAGAUUUUGAUUUUAAGAUCAAACAAAUUUGAAGGAACUGUACCUGCUGAUGUAAGCAAAAUACCGUCUCUUCAAAUAUUAGACCUCUCAAUGAACAGAUUGACAGGAGUGAUUCCGGUCAGCAUUUCAGAGAUGAGGGGAAUGGCGAAUUGGUCAGAGAAUACAAAAGUCUUUGAGUUUGAAUGGUUAAAAGAUAAAAUUUAUGUAGAGAAAAUAAUCAUUAGAAACAAAGGAUUGGAGCUGGAGUAUGUGAGAUUUUUGAGCUUGGUAAAAUGCCUUGAUCUAUCAGGCAAUAGAAUAUCUGGUCAUGUCCCUCAAGGCAUGGGAUCUCUCGCUGGUUUGAUUAUCCUUAAUAUUUCAAGAAACAAUAUUAGUGGUACCAUACCUGAGUCCUUGGGAAACAUGGCACAGCUAGAGUCCCUUGACCUCUCGAAAAACCAACUGUCUGGAAUUAUUCCUGCAGCGUUGGUGAAUCUCACAUUCCUAAGUUACUUGAAUCUGUCAUACAAUAAUCUUACAGGAAUGAUACCGCAAGGGGCACAAUUCGCAACAUUUGAAGCCUCAUCCUUCUCGCAUAAUCCAGGUCUGCACGGCUUACAACUGAACGAGUCAUGGUCGCCUUCGCCAAAGGAUGAAAGCAAGCCAAAAAAGAAAGAAGGGGUGAAUAAAAACAGGGCAAGAGAGAGAAAUGAUAGUUUCAUUGUGUUGAUGGGGAUGAGCUUUGGAGUGGGCGCGGGCACAAUUGUAGCUCCAUUGUUGUUUCUGAAGAAACGGAGGGAAAAGUUCUUUGAUUUGUUAGACAGUAUAUUGAUUUGGAUUGUUGAUUUGAUUCCUUGUGAGAAGUGCAUUUCCUGUGACAAGUUGCAGAUAGUGAAAAUUUCGGACGGCGAAGACCAAGAGCAUUCCAAAGAAAGCAAGAAGAAAUUAAUACGCUUUUGCGUACGUUGUACUCAAAUUGACAGAGAGACUAAAACUAUAAUUUACACUAAAUGUAUAUGCUGA